AUGUCAAGUGAUGAUUUCAUUGAGAUGAUGCUACUUGAUGGUUGCUUUAUCAUUGAGCUCUUCCAACAAGUUUGCCGGAGUGAAGAUUCUGCGAAUGUCAAUAGCCUAGUGCUCAUGAAGCCAUGGUUAAUUCCGAUUCUCAUUAGAGACCUCUUAAAGCUUGAAAACCAAAUUCCCCUCUUCGUUCUUUUGAAGUUAUUCAGUCUCUCCAAUUGCAAUACAAGUGAACACUUUGUUUGGCAAGCCCUACAGUUUUUUAAUCUUGCCCUACCGAGGUCCCUUGAAUCAUUCAAGGGACAAUGAUGACUUUACCUUUAUGAAGAAUGCAGUCAUCUACUUGACUUGUUUUAUACUAGCUACUGCGUCCCAAAAAUACAGCAAGCCGGGUUUAGGGAAGCCUGGUUAAGUUACAACGGCUCAAGCUACCCGUCCACAAGAAGAUUGCUCCCCUGCUUAAGAUACCUCAGCAAGUUAACCAAGCUCUGCAAAAGAAGAUCACCUGGAUUACCAAGGUAUCGUCCAUUAUCUGAUCAGUCAAUACCAUGUGUGACACGGCUCCGGCAUGCUGGGGUCAAGUUUAGGCCACAAAAAGACGAUAAUUUCUUGGACAUAAAUUUCCACAAAAGGGUGCUAGAAAUCCCACCCAUGACCAUCAAUGAUUUCACCAGCACUGUCCUAAUUAACUGUGUUGCCUAUGAACAAUGCUACCCACGGCCCUACUCGAAACGCUUUUCUGAAUAUAUUGCCUUCAUGAGUUGUCUCAUCAACUCAAGUAGAGACGUUACAUUCCUUUGUGAGGACGGAAUUAUCUCAAAUUUCUCCUACAAUGAUAAUCAUGUUGCUAAUCUUUUCAAGAUGUUUGGAGAGCAUGUUGUGUUCAACAUUAGAGAGUGUUACCUAAAAGACGAAUUCAGACAAGUGGAGGCCUACUAUAAUAGCAACUGGGCAACUUUGAGGCGCACAUAUUUUAGCAGACCGUGGUCAACCAUCUCAGUCAUCUCAGCCUCUGCUCUGCUGGCGCUAACAGCGAUAUAGACAAUCACAGCCAUUUUGAGCUACAAGGUCCACCAUAGCUAAUGCUUCUGGACUGUUAUGCUGAUCAGAAUUAACUGUAUAAAAGUGCUAGAGUUUGUAUUGUUGUUACAUCUCUCUCGUUCGUCGCAAUAAUCUUCAUGGUGCUUACUCUCUUGCUUGUUCAAGGAUGAUUAUAGCUAAUGAAGUUUUAUGCUCAAGAAGUAUAGAUUCUAGAAGUUUGUUAGCACUACAUGUGCAAGCCGCAAGCUGGAGCCUGUUAUAUGUUGUUAAGUUUGUAUGUGUCUUCCAGUUAUAUGUAUUUUGUGGGUUUUUCUUUUGUUUUGCUUUUGGUUUGGUUGGUUCUGGUGAAACUCUUGUAUUUCUUCUUUUAUUAUUAUUAUUAUUAAAGGAUUAAUUACCUUUUUAGUACUAAAAA